AGUUAAUUACCGUAUGCCCGCCUCCAUUUUUUAAUCUAGGUAGUAGCUAUGUACUUCAAAAUUCAACUAUCACCUGCACUUCUUAAUUGAUCGCUGAGCCAUCCUCCUCAAUUCAACAUAGAGUGGUUAAUAAUUGUUAGUACAAUCACUCUCUUCUCUCCCUCACACUCUCUUUCUUUUCAAGUCAAGGGGGAGAGGGAACACCUAGAGACCCUCUCAUGGCUUCUCUGAUUAUGACUACGCUCAAAACCACUCUGCCACAUGUCUCCGAAGAUGUGUUCCCAAGAUACAGCAACCUAAACAAAUCUAAAACUUUCCUCGCUAUUGCAAGAAAACCCUUUUCACCAAAUAUUGGAAACACUGGUCUUAUCAAAUGUUCAUCGUCCAUCUCAAGUCUAACUCCACAACUAGACGAAACCUUAGUUUACCGAGAAGAUGAGAGGACUCUAAGCGAAAUAUGGAAGGAAAUCCAAGGCUCCGAUGACUGGGAAGGACUCCUAGAUCCCAUGAAUUCUCAUCUUCGCAAAGAAAUAAUCCGCUAUGGAGAAUUCUCCCAAGCAUGCUAUGAUUCUUUCGAUUUCGAUCCUCACUCUAAGUACUGUGGCACAUGCAAGUACCAAGGAGCUAAUUUCUUCGAUAAGCUAGAUAUGCAAGGCCAUGGUUACAAAAUAAGCAGGUAUCUCUACGCCACUUCAAAUAUUAACCUUCCAAAUUUCUUCCAGAAAUCUAAGCUGAGCAGCAUUUGGAGCAUCCAUGCAAAUUGGAUGGGUUACGUCGCUGUCACCACUGAUGAAAAGGAGAUCAAACGUCUGGGCCGCCGCGAUAUAGUCAUAGCAUGGAGAGGCACAGUCACUUAUCUUGAAUGGAUAUAUGAUCUUAAAGAUAUCCUUUGCUCUGCUAACUUCACCAGCGAUCCAUCCAUCAAAAUCGAGUUAGGGUUUUAUGAUUUAUACACUAAGAAAGAAAACUCCUGCAAGUACUGCACAUUUUCAGCUCGUGAACAAGUUUUAGCAGAGAUUAAGCGACUUCUUGAUUAUUAUAGAGGUGAAGAAAUUAGUAUAACAAUCACAGGUCACAGCCUAGGGGCAGCUUUGGCUAUAUUAAGUGCUUACGAUAUUGCAGAGAUGAGGCUUAAUUAUAUGGAUCAUGAAGAAUUAAGGAAUAAAAUUCCUAUCACCGUCUACUCUUUCGCUGGCCCUCGAGUGGGAAAUCUCAAGUUUAAAGAACGAUGCGAAGAGCUUGGAGUUAAAGUACUAAGAGUGAUUAAUGUGCAUGACAAGGUACCAACAGUUCCAGGGAUUUUUGCUAAUGAGAAAUUCCAGUAUCAAAAAUACGUGGAGGACACCAUUUCAUUUCCUUGGAGCUAUGCACAUGUGGGAGUGGAACUUGCAUUGGAUCACACCCACAGCCCAUUUCUAAAGCCAACAAAUGAUCUUGGUUGUGCACAUAAUCUGGAGGUUCAUUUACACUUGGUGGAUGGCUACCAGGGCAAAGGGAAGCGAUUCUUCUUGGCAACCAAGAGAGACAUUGCCCUCGUCAACAAGAGUUGUGACUUCUUGAGAAGCGAGUACGGUGUGCCACCGCACUGGCGGCAAGACGAGAACAAAGGGAUGGUGAGAAACAACGAGGGGCGGUGGGUGGUGCCAGAGAGGCCUAGAGUGGAGGCCCAUCCAGACGACACGGCCCACCACCUUGAACAAGUGCUCAAAAUUGCGAGUUCCCAUCAAGUGGAAGCACUUUGAAUUUGAUGUGGUACAACAUCUACCCACUAACCCAUGUCUCGGUCGUGGGUCUUAUCUUUUCAUUGUCCUACAUAUAUAUAAACGUGCGAAUCCUUUGUGAUAUAA